AUGGGAUUGGCGAUUGAAGAAGCUCAGAUCGCAUUGCUCAUUGAGGUCCGGAGAAUCGGACAAAGACCUACCGAGACACAGAGAUUAGACAUCGCCCAUCAAUGCAAUCGGGUGCAGGGACAGAUCGAUGGAUUCACUUGGUCCGCUCUCCUGCAUUUCGGAGAUGGAUUUGAUAGUGAUGAAGAUCCAGAGGACUUGAGUUGUGCAAUUCUCAAUGAUCUCGAUGAUGGCCCAGAUGAGUUCACCGAGACUCUUGAUACCUACCCAAACACCCCCAAGCUCGCUGUCAUCCCAUUGCCAUCCAAUGUCGGGCUGGACCGACUCCAACACUGCUUAGCAGAAGAUCUGAUUCCGCUGGAGAUGUCGCUUCAUGAAGGACAGGCCAAUGAUGCCCUUCACAAUCUCCGAAUACACUUGUGCAACAAGGCGGUCCUUUUCCGAACCACCAGUUAG